GAGAGGAAUAGGAGGAGAAUGAGGAGAAGGGGGAUGAUAUCACAAAAUUGAGAACGCCAAAUGCGAACCAACAGAGCGCCGAAUCGAACCAACAGGGCUUAUAGCAGCUGCGCUGCACAAGCAGCACGCAUGAUCACAAUGGAGCAUACGCUCACGCUCAAGACAACACAUUCGCAGGAAGGGCGGACAAACUGCGCCGAAAUGCCACGGGCAAUGCAUAGAAAAUGGGCGACGCGGAACGAGGGCCCAGCGGGCUCUUCUGGCCACUGCGAGCGUGGGCCACGGAGAGGCUCCCCGAUCCGGGCGGAGGGGACGGCUCGCAAAGAAGCAGCGCCCCUCCCAGACCAGAGUGGUCCUCAAUGACAGCGUCUUGACUGUGACUGCUGCUUCCGAUGCCCCGCAUCUGCCAGACAGUGGCAGCAGCAGGAUCGGCCGCAUCGCCUUGGUGGGAAAAUCGGGCAGCCACAGCAUCGGCUGCAUCAGCCUGGUGAAAAAAUUGCACCGAGCUGCGGUGGGCAACUCAGUGAGACUGGAGGCGUGAGAAUAUCCCAGCCCGUUGCCCACAGCAGCUGGGCUGCACAAGCAGCACGCACGAUCACGAUUGGGCGAAGAUCAAACAAGGGGUCUUGCGCAAGAUUACGCAGGGGACCAGGCAGGCCGAGGAAGGGGUGAGCGGCAGCGCGGAGAAGACAGGAAUGAAGGAAGCAAUGGCACAAAUCCUCCGACCCAGUCGGCGAGUGUGCGAGGCCCUUCGACAAACACGAAGGCAGGAAGCAACGGCCUUCACUACAAAAAUAAUCUCCAACGCGCCACGAUGCCUGGCAGACCUGGCACGACCCAGCUGCAGCAACACGAACGCGUACUCUCCGGGCUACGCACGUCGCACGUCCACCGAGAGGCGACCUGUCUGUGCAGACGGCAUCCUGCCGCACACGGGCAUCUACCGCCCGGUCACGCGCCCGCCACCAGCCGACCGCUCCCAGAGCUCCACAGCUGACCCCUCCUACGCGCAGCCGCCUCCUCGACCGGCGCGGGGCCCUCGCGAGGCGCCUUCGGCUGCCGAGACGACCCAGGGCUCCAGGCCCCCCCUGGACGGCGCGCUCGCACAUCGUCACGCGCCCGCCACCAGCGCCGAUGGCCCGACCUCGCCACCGAGGCUCCACGGCCGCUCCUCGUGGAUGCUGCCGAGGGGCUUCGCGGCCGCCCCCUCGGCGGGCGCGGGGGCCCCGCCGGCGGCGGCGGCG